ACCAGUUUCGUGACUUUUCAUUGGUUGAUACUGAAACCGACGACCUGCCUAUUCUGAAGAACCAAUGAACCGCAGGAGAGCUGGACGUCGCAUCUCUCACUCACAGAGGAGGGGUGCACCAUCAGGAGGACAGUGGAGACAGACUAACAAAGACCAGUGGCAAGAUGAAGGUACACCGCAGGUUAGAGAGGUGGUCGGAGAGCAGCAGAGACCCAGACAACAUGGAAGAGAAGCAGGGCCCAGAGGGACCUGCCAGACCAUGUGUCCGGCUCGCGAGCUUAGGGACCGCGAGGCUCAGAACCGCCUCCACCGUUUCGAGAUGUUACCAGGCACAGAGAGAGAUCGGCGGCCGAGAGGAGACCCUCUGCGUGCCGUCAAGGAAUACUCCAGACCAGCUGCUGGGAAAGACUCGACAAACCCCACUGAGCUCCGACCGCCUGCUGUGCUGCUGAAAACUGUGCGUUACCUUAUAGAUGAAAUUACUGCCCCCUCUCAUCAGCAUCCGUGGACUGAGGUGUACAGCUUCGUCUUUGAUCGGCUGCGCAGCGUGAAACAGGACAUGAUCAUCCAGAGGGUGUCUGGGUCGGACUGUGUGGCCAUUUUAGAGCGGACGGUGCGUUUCCUCAUCUACGCUUCCUACCGUCUUUGUGGCGAACCGCUGCGGCUCUACGACCCUCGCAUCAACGACACUCACCUGCAGGAAUACCUGAGCUGGCUGUUAGACUGCUACGCGACUGGAUCAGAAGCACACCCCAACCAGGAGGAGUUCCAGGCUCUCGCUUUGCUGUACAACUUGGGUUCAGCUCGUGCCACGCAGCACAUCAUGGAACUCCCAGAGCGACUCCGCAGCACUCCAGCCAUCACGCUCGCUCUUUCCAUCAACCAAGCGUUUCUGGAGCGAAACCCCGUCCGUCUGCUCCGGUUGGCUCGCAGGCUGAACUUCCUGCAGACCUGUGCGCUUCACCGUCACCUGGCGGCGUGUCGCAGAGAUCUGCUGCUGGUAUACAGCCACGGAUUCAGCAGCCGGAACUGUCGCUUUCCACUGGAAAGACUUUCUCAGCUCUUGUCUUUGGACACGUUGCUCACAGCUCAGCUCUGUCAGACGUACGGAGUCGAGGUGAACCAGGACAACCAAGUGGUUUUCUCCAAAGCUGCUUUCUCUGAGCCAGAACAAGGAAAACUGCACUGUAAUCUGUAUCACAGCAUAGUGUCUGAAAAACAGAAAGACCUGACUGUUCAGAACAUCAUUCACGGCUGCGCUUGAGACAGAAAAAGAGUAAAAACAAAGGGUCAUCAUAGGGAAAUGGUCUGUUUCUCCUUUAGGCUCCACAGUGACAUUUGCAGGGAAGUGAAGUCUUGUUCAUAUUUCUGCUUAGUCUGACUUACUGGAUGCAAGCUGCAGCUACAAUCCUGAUAUUUCAGGUGGCUUUCUCCAUCCCUAUCUACACUCUACAUGAUUUUCAGAAACAGUCUCACUCCAGCGACAUCCUCCAAGCAAGCAACCUGCCACGCUGAAAGUUUUAUGGAGGCUUUAAGGAUAAUGAGGUGCAUAAUUUCAUGUUUUGUUUUUUUUUGCAUUAAUAGGGAAAUUAUCUGUUUGUUCCACAUAGAACUCUCAGUAUAAUAUGGAGGGAAUUGAAAUCUUUAUCAGACAUUUCUUGACAUCAUAUUUCUGCUUAGUCUGACUCAGAUUGUAGGUAGAAUCCUGCCGUUGGCUGUGCUUUUCAGGUGGCUUUCCCUUCCCCGUCUGCAAUCUAAAUGUUAACUUUUUAAAAUCCGUCUCACAUCAACAAUAACUUCCAAGUGAGUAAUCUUCCACGCUGAAAAUUAAAAAUAUUGUUGAGGAUUUUUAUUUUAUUUUUUUAGAGUAGUGAGUUGUAGGGAGGCUUCAAGUAAUAUGAUGCUUUUUUUUUUUUUUUUUUACGUUAAUCAGGAAAUAGUCUGUCUGCUCCACGUAGAACUCAAAGUGAAAUAUGCACUUGUGGGCAUCGUAUUUCUGCUCAUCUGGUUUUGCCCUUUUUUUUUAGGUGAAUUAGCAGUUUUGAUCACAGUUCCCUCAUUCCUGCAUGCAAAUGUUCCACCACAACUUUUCUUCCAUCAUUACUUUUAGGGAACACCAAAAUCCAGCCAUGGACGUAGCACCACAAACAAGAACGAGCAUUUUAUUUUCCCUACAGCAGAAUGAAAAUGAGAUGCAGCAAGACUACGAGUAAUGCGAGGGAUUAUUUGGUUUUCGUAGGAAAACGGUUUGCUCUUCAGAGAGUUCACUGAAAUUUACAGGGAAUUCAAAUCUUAUUCUCGGACACUUGCGAGCAUCAGAUUUCUACUCAUUUAACAAUUUUACUGCCUCAAAGAUUGUCGUCUGAGCCUCUUUAGGAUGGAUUAUUUCUCUGAAGCCUAACACCUGUUUGUUUUUAUCAACAAAAUGUGUUUGAUUUUUAAGAAACAUGCCUCCGUUGUUGUUGAGCCAAAGGUCUGCUGAGCAAAUGUCAACUUACUGUAAUGACUUUAAGAUGUGAAUUACUUUUAUAUCGCUGCCUGUUAUUGGUUAUAUUGAACCGUUUGAAUAUUCUGUUGGUAUCAUGUAAUGUUUUGUGUUGAUUUAUUCUCCAGAAAUGCAGUAUUUUGGAAACAUUUCAAUAAAUCUUUGUUACCUCA